UUAUACAGCCAGAGCCAGAGACAUCGUACCGAGUUCGCCGUCACACUGCCUCCGCUCUUGCUCGCCAGAUCAAAGCCUUAUCGUCGUCUCCCUCGAUCGACCUCCGCAGCCAGUUCAGCUCGCCAUGGCCACCACGGCGGUGGUGCGCGCGCAGCACCAGCAGAACGGCGGGCAGGGGCAGCAGUACCAGCCGCUGCGGCGCAUGGAGGGGCUGAGCCUGAGGUCCGCGCUCCGCAGCGACCCGCGCGUCCCCGCGCUGGCCGCGGCCGCACUCCUCGUCCCGCUCGCCGCCGCGCUGCUGGGCCUCGCCGGCCUCUUCCUGCUGGUCACGCUGGCCGGCGUCGCCCUCGCGGCGCCUUUCGUCCUGCUCUUCAGCCCGGUGCUCGUGCCCGCCGCCCUCGGGGCCGCGCUGGCUGUCGCGGGGCUUGCCGCCGCCGGCGCGCUCGCCGUCUCGGGGCUCUCGGCGCUCGUCUGGGUCGUGGGGUACGUCCAGAGGGGCCUGGCGCAGGGCGACUCCGGCCGGGUGGGCGGGAUGGUGGUGCAGCCCUUGAACAGCGGGAAGCGCUACGGCGGACAGGGCGCGCCGGCCUUCGUCGGGCACAGAGUCGGGGGCGACGUCGGGGACGCUCUGGGCGCCAAAGCGCGGGACGUCGCCAGCACCUAGCGCCGCACGGCUGAACGUACGUACGCGUUUAAUUUGUCGAAACCAGAUGUACGUACUCGUGUUCAUAGUCUCAUACGUACUAGUUUGAUCAAUGGAACUGCGAAAUGUUUUCGCAUC